AUGGGCCGUCGCGAUGAUCAGAUCUCGCGCUCGAUAGUGUAUGCUAUCCGACGGGAUGACCAGGCACAGGACAACCGGCUCCGGUUCUGGAAGCCAAUCAGAACAUUCUUCGCGCUUUAUGGCCUGUUCCUGAUAAAGAUACGGCCCGAGCUCUUCAAGAACCUACGGGAGAAGACUUGGAACUUGUCCGAUAAAGAGUACAAGGCUAGUUUCCAGGACAACAAGUCGUUGGUAUCGAAGGGCGACAUGGGAUAUUCAGGCUCGACAUUCUACACCACAAAGGACAACAGAUAUCUCAUCAAGUCUGUCCCUCGGCGCUUCGAGCACUCCUUCUUUCGCGACGACUUGCUGCAACCGUACGUCUCGCACAUGGAGUCGCAACCCAAAUCUCUCCUCGUCCGUAUCACCGACUUCCUUGGCUGGCGGUACCCCAGCCUGGGCGGGCUCUUUGGUCUUUCGCCGACCUACCAUCUUGUGAUGGAGAAUCUCCUGCACGGCCAGGAGGAGGAUUCCGACUGGCAGACAUUCGACCUGAAGCCCAUGUCGUACUUCUUCCCCGAGCGCGACAUUGCCGGCGGCAAGCUCGCGUCCGAGGCGACAAAGUCCAAGCUUGCAGACAAGUUCCACGAAAAAUUACUCCUCAGCCGCGCUGACGCCGACGAGUUCCUCAAGACGCUCGAACAGGACACGGAGCUCCUCGCGCGGCACAAUGCCGUCGACUACAGCCUGAUGCUGGUGCGGAUACCGAAGUCGUCGACCCCACCUGAUGAGAGCCAGAAUCCGUUUAAAGACCCUCCGAAUUGGAGGGCAGGCGUGCCCAGCCAAGACGACAAGUGGCUCUACCGGGCCGUCAUUCUCGACUUUUUCUGGGCCAAGCAUAAAACUCAGGCAAAAACCAUGACCAUGCUGGUCAACGCGUGGAGGAUGUUUGACGACAAGGGGCCCAUGAGUAUCACGACGACGGCGCCCGAGUAUCGGAGCCGUUUCCUGGACAUGUGCAGGGAGAUUGUCAAGGUUGAGGAGUGA